AUGAGUCCAUAAAGUUGUCAAGUAGUGGUCGGGUGACCGCGGAGAUUGGCUUUAAAAGUAAGAUCCACCCACCUGUUCUUCGCUCAGACGUCGUUACUUUCGUGUCAGGAGCUCCGAUACCUUCUGAUCGUCAGCCUUCCUUCACCGUAGGUUCCGCAUGGCUGCUCAUCUCAUCGUUCUUUUCCUCUUCAGUGUGCUAAAAGGAGUUCACAGCAUAACUAUAGUCAGUAAAGUUUCAGUAAAAGCUGGAAAAUCUAUCUCCAUCCCAUGUCUCUAUCACUACCAAUACACAGACCAUGUGAAGUACUUGUGUAAAGGAUAUUUUUGGACGUCCUGCAGACAUGCAGUGAAAACAAAUGAACCAGACCCUUCAGGAAAAUAUUUAAUCUCCGAUGACAAAAAACAGCAAAUUUUCACUGUGACUGUAAACCAUCUGACAAAUCAAAACACUCAUUACUGGUGUGUGGUGGAGAUUAAUAAUGGACCAGAUCAUGGACAGUAUUUUCAGCUUUUAGUUACCAAUGGUACUCCCAGUCUCUAUGUUGAUCAUCAGAUGAUUACAGGAUAUAUUGGAGAAAACAUAACCAUCAGAUGUCACCACAGUAACUCUGGAGAAAUGAAGUGGUGCAGGCUGGACAGGAACUGUGUGACAGGAUCACCUGGAUCUAUAGAUGGAACAACAGUGACCGCUCAUAUGAGCGAACCAAAUGUUUUCACAGUGACCAUGAGUGGACUAAAGUCAGAGAACAGUGGCUGGUAUUGGUGUGCUGAAGGGGACAUUCAGAUACCAGUAUAUUUAACUGUUACUGAGAACACUACCACUACCCCUACUACUAUCAGUAUUACUUCUCACGCUGUUGCUGGAAAUGGAAAAUUUACUACAAUGGAGCAAUGGAAUAAUUUUACAAUUGUAGAAAAUAAACAACACAGAGCUUCAUCAUUUCCCCCAAAGAUCCUCAUCAUCCCUCUGAGUGUUUUGAUCGUGAUCGUAAUUGUGGUGCUGUUCAUCUGGUUUAUACUCAGACACAUAGAACAGAGCAAAGCAGAAUCAUCAGCCACAGCAAUGGUUGGAGAGGAAGUAACAUACUCUGAAGUUAGAACCAAGAAAAAAUGUUCACCCAAGGCUGGAGACAAAGUAACAUACUCUGAAGUCAGACCCAAGAAAAAACGUUUACCCAAGGCUGAAGGAAAAGAAACAGAAGUUACAUACAGCGUAUUAGCUAAUCUCUACUGAAAUGCUUUGACAUUCAAACUUUUUUUGCAAUCUUAACUUUCUCUGUACCUAUGUUACUGGAGUCCUUGUGAGAUAAAUGGUGUAAUGUGUUAUGUGAUGUCAUCAACAUGUUAUGUAGUAAAUAUUUUCUUUGUCUUUUCAAAUAUUUUGUAAAAAAAAACCUAUUCCUGCAAAGUUGUUGUCACGGGCUGGGUCUGUGACCAACAUUCCUCUAUGUUAAGUUCAUCUUGUUAUCUUAAAGCUCCUAAGUUGCUCAGUGUUUAGUCCUUUGUCUAUUAGGUCCUUUUGUGUCAUCACCCCUUGUGUUUUAGUCUCCCUUGUUGGUUCAUGUUGUCAAGUUGGUAUCAUGUCUGCAUCCCGUCAUGUUUCCUGUUUAUUUUGAAAAUCUUGCUUCCCUGUUCUGUGUGCUCAGUUUACACUUCCCCUAUGGUGUUAUUAUGGUCUGUUCUGUCAGCUGUUUGUUCGUGUGUUUCCACUUCCCCUAAACUCCCCUGUGUGUAUUUUAGUCUGUGUGUGUUCUUUCAGUCUUCUGUGUUACCACCCAUCUCGGCUUGUCAAGGUUUUUUCAUGAUUUUUUGUUCUGGGCAUGUUCACGUUUCUAGUUCAUGUUUUUUGAUGUCAUAGUUCCUCUCAUGCCCCAGUGCAAAAUCAUGUUCAUAGUUGUUCAUAGUCUGCCCUAGUGUUCCCAGUUUAGGAUUUAGUUUAGUUUUCACCAUGUUGCCUUGUUUUGUUUCUUGUAAUCAGCCGUAAUAAAGGCUCGUUUUCUCUUUAA